AUGGGCAGGAGGGUGGCUGUUCCAACCAAUCCAGUGCCUGCGCUGGGGGUGCCCCUGGCAGGGGGCCGAUGGGGGCCGCUGAGCAGUGUCGGGGUGCAAACAUCUCCCGGGCUGCGGACUAUCCCCUCCAUCAAACGACACGGCGGCCAACCAACCGACACACGUCGGCCGCUCACCAUGGCAACGGGCAAAACAACGACAGUGGAGAAAGGGGGACUUAUGAGAAGUGACAGCAACAGUCGGCCGGUGUCCGAGGAGAGAUCUCAGAACGAGAUCAACAGCCUGACACGGGACGACAUGGGGUCCCAGGGGUCAGGCAGCGGCGUUUACUGCCGGAUCGAAACUAUGAACCCCAAAGACACAACGGAUAAAAGGACAGCUCGGUAUACAAACGGCAGUGUGGUGGCCUCUGAUGCGGUGGGAGGGGUUUGCACUGAGGCCACAGAGCUGGCCAGAGAGAGGAGGAGGGUGCAGUCUUUGCGAGGGGAGGGCCAUCGCUCGGUAUUAAAGACCGGGAGUGUUUGUACGACCGGGCACGUCACCCCGCCGCGACCCUGUCGAGUGACGCCGACUUCCCCGCCCAGUCUGUGUGUGACGUGUGGGAGGAGGCGAUCACAGAUGACACCGUGCACAGGUGCAUGUCGCAGGAGGGCUGUCACUCAGAUAACGGCCAGCCAGACUUUACCGAAUCCACCACGGAAACCCAACCAGUCAAGAAAAGAAUCUGCUCCGGACUCUCAGCAUCGCACCAAAAACACAGACACGGCAAACGCCUCCACGCGGGCAUCAGUGGAGACUUCUCAAACACCACCGCUCUCACACACGAUACCAAAAACACACAGCUCCCAUUGCAGCCACACGUCACACACACGGAACAAAACAACAGAGUCAGAGCAGCAGACGAGGCCUCAUUCUGCAGACUUCAUGUGUUACAAGGAUUCAGCCACGCAAACAACCGACACGCACAACAACACCGACAGGAGCACAGCUCCCACGCACACACAGCGACCACACACCCCGUCUGCAGAAGCGACAGAGCCACAUUUGACUGACACACCCAAGUGUGACGUGGCUGAUAUCAAGCACACGAACGAACACACACACCAACACACAUCAGUCCGUCUCUCUUCUAAACAUCCAGCUCCUUCCCUUCACAGUGACUCCAAAUCGACAGACAGCCCACCUCUGCCACCCAAAAACUCUCCGAAACCCGCUCGUUCCAAACCGGCCACACCUGCAGCGCAAACCAAAACCACUCAGGAGACCCCGAACACACCGAAACAAACGUCAUUACAUCGGAUCAAACUCAAGGACUACGCAAACCAGAAGAGAAAGUCAUUUGACGACCAUACGCUGCCUUGCAAGACUCAUCUAAAAGCACAAUGUAAUGGGGCUCCAGGGGGUCUGUUGGUUGGACCCGCACCGCGCGGGCUGGAGAGGCAGCUGCACAGCGUGGAAGAGAACCUACAAUCCAAUCAGGAGAAGAUCAAAGUGCUUCUCAACGUCAUUCAAGACCUGGAGAAGAGCAAGGCCCUCAGCGAAGGUCGCAGCUCAUACAGAACUGGUCAGGACAUUAACAACUGCCCGACCUGCCAAAAGACAGCCUGCAUCAUCUACAGCGUAGAGCAUGAUUUCCGACAGCAGGAGGGGCGUUUCCACGGGGUUAUGGAGGCCUUGGAGGGAGAGUAUGAUGUGCCUCCACCCACUCUGACCAAGCCCACGCCAGCCCGUUCCUCCUCCGGUCGGACCAGCACCAAGGCCCGUGUCAAGAAACUCCGCAAGAAGUGUUUCUGGUGGCUGUAAGAUUUAGAAAUACGACCUCCUUUCAGCCGUAUGGCAUAUGGGUGGCGAUUGUGUUUUAGGAGACCACUGGCCCCAACGUCUGGAAACAGGGCCUCUCCUCAUGGGCCUUUCGGUGAGUCGAGUGUUUACGUGUCAUUAAAUCAGCGGCGGCAUCCUGUGCUUCCCUGUAAAUGGCACUUCUUCCACAGCAAUCCAUCCUCCCCAGGUAACCAAGUAGCAAAAGAAGAAAUGCACUAAAGAUGGAAAACGGGACCAAAUGAGCAGCUGAAUGUUCCUUGCUGAUAUAUCUCAGAGGAAUAUUGAGAACAAGAUCAGCAUGAAUUUCUCUUCGCGGGAACCAGACUUCAGCGGCUAAUUUGUGAUUCACUUUGGACUCUGAGGAUACCGUUUCCCCAUCAAAUUUACCUAACAGAGCAUUGCCACUUUGGGACGUCAGACACACGUAUUGUUGUUGUCACUUGGCUGAGUGGCUGUCGAGACAGAUGGACAGAUGUAUGAACGAGUUGAAGCCCAGAUGGAUUCCCGCUACAGCUGGGAAUGAAUCCUCACAACAAGUGUGGCUAAAUCACAGCCGCUAGCAGAGGAAUUUGGAACAAUUCUGAAAAUCCAACCCAUUUCACGACUUAUCGGUAUACUGUGUCUUUGGACGGCUUGACAGGCACAAUUUGAAUGUAGCAACCACUGAAGAGCUGAAGAGGAUACGAGAGGAAAAUAAUCCGUUGAGCUCUCUGGAGACAAAGAGACAGCUCGCUGGAUGCAUAUCUGGGUUUUGGAGAGUGUUAAGACUGCAGAAUACAUUUAGAAUACAUUAAGAGACAAUAUGAUAGGCAGCUGAUCACAAACUGACAGGGUGUGUCAGAUAAUUGAAAAUGCUGUCAACGUUGUCUGCCAGAGUGAUCGAUCCUCUCCUUUAUUACCAUUCAAAACAGAAUUGUUUUGAUGUAAGCUCAAUCUAGCUUCCAGGAUUUUCCCGCACACGUGUGCAUACAAAAACAAAUGUACAAAUGGCAUAUACUUAUAUUUACCAACACACAUGAAAUAAACUCUCUGCAACCCAAGCAAGUACACACACACACACACGCGCGCGUCAACCAAUGAAAGCUAGGGGAAGGCCAGUUAUCAAUCCACAGUUAUUGGCCUGUAUUCAUGUUUCAACAUUGUAUCAAUAGUUGUCAAGCCGUGUCUAAUGAGGCCCCGAUACAUUCUGUACUAAUUAAUUUGAAACUAGCUGAUUAUGUCUGGAGUCUUUCUUAAGUUUAAAUUGCACAAAUUGUGCAGAGGAACGCUCUGUUGUUGUGCAACAUAUGGAAAGGCCUACAUCAUCAGUUUCAUGUAACCUAGCACCCACUACCUGUGACUGGCUGCAGUUUAAAGUUAUUGCACAACCACAAACAUCACCGUGUUCACAUUCAAUAUAUCGUAAAUAAUCACUUGCAUAUCUAUAUAGGCCACACUGACACUGCUAGUGGGUUCAUUAAGCUACACGAGAGAAAUAAAAAUGUAUGCUUAAAACAUUCGUCUUACCAACAUGUACAAAAGAAAACACUGUAUAUUUUAUCAGCUCAAGGUACGUUGUCCCAUUUCUAAAAUUAGUAUAAGAAUAUGGUAUUUAAUAAUGACAGACAUGUCUUAUCAGAAAUUUUGAUUACGGCUAUCCCUGCUGCAAACACACACCCGCAAAGUGAUUUUGCACACACAUAAAAACACCAUUUGCACAAUGCUUUGUCCACAGCAGCUCGGAGGUUAACCACUAAUCUCAGAAGGAGCUACUUCAGCUGUUUCUGGCUGACACGUUGCCACCAAUUAGAAUCCUGGAUGUCACCACACUUAGUAAUGAACCAAAACAGUGUGUGAACUCCCAUGAUGCCCCCAUCUUCCUGAUCUUCCUCUUGUAUGUGCAAUA